CGGAUUGGUCUGGAAGAGGGAGCUGAGGCGAAAGGCAGAGUCCACCCUCACCUCUGGUCAUGAGCUGUGGGGUAGUGACGGAAAAAAUGAGAUUGCGGAUACAAGUGGUCGAGUGGCCGGGCUCAGCCACCCUCAGAAAGAGGCCGAGGAGCUGAGGUGACGCCUCCUGGGUGCCUUCUUUUGGAGGCAUUAUGUGCACAUCCAACUGGGAGGAGAUCCUUGGGCAGACCUAGAAACCUCUGGAGGGGACUACAUAUCCCAUGUAACCUGGGAACGCCUCAGGAUCCCCCAGGAGGAGCUGGAAUAUGUUGCUGGGGAGAAGUAAAUAGAUUUAGGGAAUAGAUAUACACUAAUUAAAACACAAUUAUGCAUAUUAUAUUAAAUUUCUGCCAUAUUCUGUGAAUAAACCCUUUAAAUCUGACACACUGCACCUUUAAAUGAUUAAUCGAUUCUCUAAAAUUGUUGCUAAUUAAUCGAUUAACUGCAUCAUUAAUCCAGCAUGGCCACCUUCAGGACAAGCCGCUUACGUGGCUAGGCGAGGCGUUCAAAGCACCUCAUAUGAUGUCGGAAUUUGGAGUGUUCGGAUUGAAGCAAUUUACAUACACGACUAAAAUUUCUAUCUAUAACCCUUAUUUCACUUUGUGUAGAAGGUAACAUGUUAUAUCCAAAUGUUAUGUUUGUUUAUAGGUAAAGUUUUACUGUUCUUAACUAAGCAAUUCGUGUUAGUAAGUGUUCGUAUUUACGAGCUUCCCGAGGAGCGCUUGAACGCGUCAUUUUCCUUAAGGAUCUGCGUAAAGGAAAAGAGUCGUUACAGCGGAAAAUACUCAAACACAGCCUUUAAUUAGACUUUAUAACGUGAUGUUAGUGUCCUGCAUUAUGCAUUUAUCUGAGAAAGGACUGUUUCAUGUGACAGUAUAGCUGUUUAGACUUUAGUUUUAACUGUUAGGCCUUUUUUUUAAAAAGUGUGCCAGUGUGCUAAAAAUGCCUACUGAGGUAAAACAGAGGAAGAAGAGCCCAAAACAAAGUGAUGAAGGAUCCGGAGCUUCGGCUGCAAACGGCAAAGAUGAAGCCCAUAAAGUGAAGACUGAAGCUGGAAACAAUCAAAGUUUGGAUGUUAGAAGUAUUUUGUGUUUAUUGUCGCUUGCUGCGUGCGCAGCUCUGAGUUGGGUGGUGCUGCAGCAGAAUGAGAGGUUUUCUGACAUUGAAGAAAAGUACAGAUUGUUACACGGAAAGGCUUCAAGUCUGUUCGACAUGGAGGAAGAAGUCCUGAAGGUCUCUAAAAAGCUUGCCGCCUCUGAGGAUGACCUCCAGGAGGCGCUCUCCACCGUCUCCUUGGCAACACGUCUCCAGCAGGACAUCUCCACCCUCCACGCUGCUGUCAUGGUGAUGCAGGCCGACGAGAACUCCGCCUCCCGUGACCUGCAGACGGUCAACGCCCACUUCCUCAACGUGACGGAGACGUGGCAGGAGCGCCUGGCCGCCAUCACCUCUGACCUGACCUCCCUCAAGGCCGAAUCCCGGGAAGCUCACACCCUAGCCACCGAGCGGGUGAACGAGGCGGAGCGGAGGACCCGGUCUCUGGCGAAGAGGUUGGAUGAGCUGGAGGACAGCACAAAGAGGAACGCCCGAGCUAUGGAGCGAGCAGAGGAGGACGACACCAAGCGAGCGCAGAGUCACCUGGACUGGAACACCAAGCAGAUCCACAACCUGGAGGAGGCGAUCAGCAGCCUGAACAAGAGGGAGGCUGAGAUGAGCUCUGAGCUCCAGGAGCACAUUCCCCGGGCGCUCAUGUGUGAAGAGCACCUGCCUCAGGUAGAGGAGGCCGUGCGCUCCAUCCUGAGGCUGGGGUCCGAUCUGAACGGGGCGGAGAAGCGUCUGGAGGAGGUGACGUUGCAGGUGUUUGGGACCGAGGACAGCAUGCUGAAAGCGCUUAAUGAAAUCCUCCAGAUAAGACAGGAGCUGGACACCCUGCAGGCUCAAAACAGCAUCCUCAAGAUGAAGAACGAGCUGUCGGUGGUGAAAGAGGCGGUCCGUGAACUCGCCAUGGUGCUGAGGGAGAAUAGGGUUGACAACCAGGGCGACUCCGACACUCAGGAGGAAGAAGGAUGGAAAGACGAUGAGGAGGUGGAGGAGGAACCGUGGGAAGACGAUGAGACAACUCAACCCCUUUAUAAUGACCUCGCUGGAUGAUGUCACUGUUUUUUAGUCGUACUUUUUGCUUUUAAAGAUCAGUAUUAAUGUUUUUGUUAACGUGUACCUCAACUCUACGUCUUAAAAUUGGCACUGUCCUCGAUUUCCACAUGAACGCUGGUAUACAUGCACUGUUUUUAAGUACAAUCAAGAAUGUAAUUAAUUAUAUCUGUCAAAUAUUGACACAUGCACGAGUGACACGUUUCUUUUGUAACUGUAUGAAACAUGCUCCACUACUCUCAAGGCAGCCAUUUGCAGUGACACAGUUAUACAGCAAUGUACAAUAUAAUUUUGAUGUGACAAUGAAUUUAACAAAUUUGCUCCUUUUCUUUGUGUUAUUUAAUAGCAAAUUGAAUAUUUUUCGGUUUUCAUCAGUUUUUUUUUAGGUAAAAACGAGCAGUUGUUUGACAUAUUUGUGACAUUUUUUUACUCAUUUUAGACCCUUGGAAUAAUGGAUUCAUCAAGAAAUAGAUUUGGUACAGGGAUAGCAUUUGUAGAUUCAUAAUAACGCUUCAUGUUUUUCAUUUCAUCACUAAACUUAUUUAAUAAA